AUGACUACCCUUCAGAACGCCAUCAAUGGCGCCGCCUCCGCCGUCGCCGUCAUCGUCCCAUCGAAGCCUACACCCCUAUCCGUCACCUACCGAGACCUCGUCGCCGAAUGUUUGUCUUUCCAGCGCAAGCUCGCAGCUAUCGGAAUCACGAACCGCUCUCCUGUCUCGAUAGCUACAGUGAAUUCGUACGAGUUCAUCGUUUCCUUCCUGGCCGCCUCCUGGCAGCGUGGCAUCGCCGCACCCCUAAACCCAGCCUACAAGCAGGAAGAGUUCGAGUUCUACAUCGAAGACAUCAAAUCCGCAAUUGUGUUGGUGCCGCAGGGGGCAUACCAGGCCGAUGCACCGUCGGUCAAGGCUGCGCGCAAGUUCAAUGCUGCGAUCGCCGAGUGUUACUGGGACGGUGCGAAGAAAGAAGUCGCCCUGGAUGUGAAGGAGCUCGGCCAGCUCCAGGGGCGGAGCAAGGAGAAUGUCCUCAAGCCGCAGCCAGACGACAUCGCCCUGGUCUUACACACGAGCGGCACGACGUCGAGGCCUAAAGUCGUUCCGUUGACACAUCGCAACCUGACGCGGACCAUGAAAAAUAUCCAGUCGACGUAUCAGCUUACCGCGCAGGAUCGAACCAUGCUGGUCAUGCCUCUCUUCCACGUCCAUGGCCUGCUCUGUGCCCUCCUCGCUCCCCUCUACUCCGGCGGCUCCAUGGUUGUGCCGGCAAAGUUCUCGGCCUCGGACUUCUGGGCCGAUUUCACCACCCACGGGGCCAAUUGGUACACGGCUGUGCCGACCAUACACCAAAUCCUCCUCAAGAACCCCGCCCCGAGCCCUCUGCCCAACAUUCGUUUCAUCCGCUCUUGCUCCUCGCCGUUGUCUCCGACCGUAUUCCACCAGCUGGAGGAGAAGUUCAAGGCGCCCGUGCUCGAGGCCUAUGCCAUGACCGAGGCCGCGCAUCAGAUGACAUCCAACCCCCUACCACCGGGACAACGAAAGCCCGGCACCGUGGGGCUCGGCCAAGGCGUCGAAGUCAAGAUUCUCAACGAUGCCGGCGACGAGGUGCCUCAGGGUACCGAGGGUGAGAUAUGUAUCUUGGGCGAAAAUGUGACGAGCGGUUAUCUGAACAACCCAACCGCCAACGCGUCGGCCUUCACCAAGGGAGGCUUCUUCCGCACCGGCGACCAGGGUAAGAAGGACGAAGAUGGCUACAUCAUCAUCACGGGCCGCAUCAAGGAGCUCAUCAACAAGGGUGGCGAGAAGAUCAGUCCAAUUGAGCUGGACAAUGUCCUGACGAGGCACCCAUCUGUUUCGGAGGCCGUCAGCUUUGCCAUCCCCGACGACCUAUAUGGCCAGGAUAUCGGCGUCGCGAUAGUGCUGAAGCCCGGAGCGAAGCUCGAGCAGGAUGAUUUGAGAAAGUGGGUCCUCGAGAAGCUGGUCAAAUUCAAGGUGCCCAAGAAGGUCUACUUCACCGAGGUUAUGCCCAAAACCGCAACGGGAAAGAUCCAGAGGCGCAUCGUGGCGGAGGCAAUGCAGAAGCAAGAAUCGCCCAAGGCGAAGCUUUAA